UGUUCUGUAAAUUAAAUUAUUACGUUUGUUAAUGUCGGACGUAGUGCCAGGUCACGUAGCCAUUGAACUCGGCAGAGCUCGCAUUUUCAUUUCGUCGUGUCUAUUAUUUUGUUUUAUUUUGAAAUGUCUACAGAACGUGUAAACAGGCGAUGUGUGUAACUUCUUGUGACCAUUUAUUGAAGUGCUUAGUUUCCCCGUAUUUAGUUUUAACGAUCGUUCCAUGCGAUCCUCAAUGGGUGCGGUAGUAUUUCUGACGGCUAGAUAGUCGAUACGAGUCGGGUAAUGUAGUGCGUAAUACUAAUAUAAAAUUGUAACCGAAUACAGUAAUAUAAUCGUUUGUCUCUUAAAUUUUAUCAACCUUCAGCAGACAAUUACGUGGAAUUUUUCAUGUUACGUUUUUGAGGCGGACGUAUGUAUCUUACAAAUUCGUAUUUAAAUAAGCCGAAUGACAUUGACAAAGUUCCGCAAAGGAGCUUCUUUAUUAUUUAUACAUUCAGCAGUCGGUUUCAGGGAGUAUAUUUUAGCAUAAUAGUGUGUUGUCGCCGUUUUCUGAACAUAAGAAGCUCGAAUAGCCUGCUAGAAUUUUGAACUGUUUUUGUCAGGUAGUGGCAACUGUGUUUACACUUUUUUUUUUUAUUCCACAACAAACUUGCAGUGGGAAAACAUGGAGACAGGAAAUAGAACAAAGAGAACAUAUGUUUCUUACGCUACAGGAUUUUGUCAAAUUAUUAAUCAAACGUAAUAGAAACUAGGUUAAAGUAAUAUGGGAAACGUAAUUCACCAUACCUACAUGAAUUAUUAUGGACAAAACAUUCAUGUUGAUAGCAAAAUGUCGUGAAGAAAUGGUGCUUCUCUGUGCAGUCCCAUCACAAAUGUGCAAUUAAUGGGUGGGAUGUGCCUACUCCGCUGUAACAGAAACAAUUAAUCCAAGUUGCUGUGUGGGAUUGCCUUUAUGCUUUGAAGAGAGGAUAUCUGGACCUACACAAGAUGUUUGUUGGUGUAUGUGAUAUCAUGUGUGGCUGCAGCCUCGUUCUCGGCGAUGCUGCACUAUGCCUCAAAUUAUACGUCCAGUCGUGUAAAGAACAUUAUUAAAGUGCUAGUACUGUAGUAGUGAAGAGUUCAGCUUUAAGAAACAAUUGUUAAGCCUCAUAGUUACUCAGGAUGGUGGUGGACUCAAUAAGUCGCCACACGUUUCACAAGAUGCAGCCGACAGGGAUGACCCCCAAGGAACUGUCGGAGAAUGAUGACUUGGCAACCUCUUUGGUUCUAGAUCCACAUCUGGGGUUCAUUACCCAUAAGAUGAACAUCAGGUACAGGCCCUUUAAGACUAAUAAGCAAGAACUGAAGACUAUAGUGGAGGAUUUUAUCGAGAACCAGAACUAUGAACGUGCGUACAGCAGGUUGAUUUCCGGGGAAUGGUUGCCAAGAGCACACACAAAAACAAAACAGCAGCAACAACGGCUGGAAGAACAUAUAUAUAGAUACCUACGAGUGUUUGACCGAAAUUCUGGUUUCACAAUAGAACCAUGCUUUCGGUAUUCCCUUGAAGGUCAAAAGGGGGCCAAAAUAUCUGCAACCAAAAAGUGGAACAAAAAUGAGAAGAUAUCAUUCCUGGUUGGCUGCAUUGCAGAGCUUAGCGAAGAGGAAGAAAAACUUUUGCUACAUCCUGGAAAAAAUGAUUUCUCAGUGAUGUACAGUUGUCGCAAGAACUGUGCCCAGUUGUGGCUUGGCCCAGCUGCUUUUAUUAAUCAUGAUUGCAGAGCCAACUGUAAGUUUGUGGCGACUGGACGCGAUACAGCUUGUGUGAAAGUUUUGAGAGAUAUAGAAGUUGGCGAAGAAAUAACUUGCUUCUAUGGUGAAGAUUUUUUUGGAGAUGGGAACUGUUACUGUGAAUGUGAGACUUGCGAAAGGAGAGGAAUGGGUGCAUAUGCAAAAGCCCAAGAAAAGAGUGAGGAGAUUAGUAAUACUGGCUACAGGCUUCGAGAGACUGACAAUAGGCUGAACCGGUCGAAACAUCGCCAGCCUUCCCUUCAGAAGUCUGAAUUUCCAGAGGAAAAGGUUCUAGUUGAGAAGAGCGCAGAAAGUCGGUCAUCAUCGGCCAGUAGUGAAGCACGCGAGAACAACUCAUCCUCCCUGAGCUUGAAGGAACUGCGGCAGAAAGGACUUACAAAGUACGAUGCUGAGCUGCUGUUGGCCCAAGGCUGCAAGUUCAUGGGUUUGGAAGACUGUGAUAGCAUCAGCCAUGCGACUCGUAAAGCAACUUCAGAAAGGAUGCUCCUGGCAACGACUGUAAAUCAAAACCAACAGGUUAGAAGACCAAGUGACGAAAAAUACAGUAGAGACAGGGCUUGCAGAAGUUUGAGAAAUAAUCUGUCCCGGGCGAAUGGUGAAACGUUUUGUGUGAAAAGGAGGAGGAGUGUGGUAGGUUCCAAAUCUUGCCGCAUAUUACGUCGGACAAGUGGGAAAGUGCAGCACAAAAAUUGUGACUCUACCACAAAAAAUGUCAUCUCUCCUCCAGUCAGUCACAACGCAGGUACGUUGAUUGAUGACAUGCAGAGUAGUUCAAGUAAUUGUUCGAACGAGAACAGCAGCGAUGGGCAGAACGUUAACUGCAACCCUGUUGGGCGGAGAGAUGCAGUCAGAAACAUCGGCGAUGAGAAUGUUCCUAGUAUCGUUUCCGAGCAAAAGGGGGCAGUGCAGAGCCAUGAAAGACUCUGUAAAGAGGAUGAUAAAGUUAUUUUAUCAAAUGAGAAUACUAAUAAUGGUGAUAGCUUAAAGGGCCAUGUUAAAAACACUCAGUUGACUGAAUUAAAAGAAAGUGAAAUAUUGCGACGGUCGGUAGAGCCAAAUAAUGAUGCAGUGCAAUCAAGUGAGAGUAUAAAAGCACUGACAUUGCAUGAAUCGUUAGAACAGAUAACUCUUAAUGAAUCUUUAGAGCAAUCUUCAAGUGAACAUUCUUCUCGUGAUAUCGACAUGGCAAGUGAUGUUCAUACUAUUGAAAAUGAGAACCAGAUUCUAAACUGCUUGCCUAGUGUUCAGUUUGUGCGCAAAAUGGUGAUUGACAGUGAUCUUGAAGAUUGUUGGGAGCAUCAUUUAAAGCGGCUGUCUUCUAGCAGGUGUAAUUCCAAUGGCAGUGGGGGUUUUCUGGCUAGUGCUUCUGUUAAAGAUGUAGAUUUCCCUAGCAGUAAUGUGUGUUUUAGUGGUGCUAGGGAUUCUGAUAAAAAUUUUAAAGUUAGUGAUAAGGAUUUAUCCGUUCCUGUUUCUUUGGAACACUGUAGUAAAAGAACUAAAGAUAUUUACGAGUUUGACGACAAGGAGGACAAUGAAUUGGAUGAGCCUCAGCUGUUGCAUCGUUCGAGAAUGUCUGUCGUGGUGAACGGCGUGACGAACGGAAGCUGGGCGGGAGUGAAGGACUUUGCGUGCCGGGCAAAGAAAGCGGAGAAGUCGGUGGUCCAAGAGAACGGAGUGUGUCAUCGCAGCGACAGCAGCACCCACUCUUCCAGCUCGGAGUCGACUCCCACCAAGUCGGAGGGUGGCAGGCUGAAACUGACGCUGCGCAUGAAGCGCAGUCCAGUCCUGGACGAGGUGAUCGAGUCGGGCAACAGUUUGAGCGAAGACAGCUUUGAGCCAGAGUACGAAGUGCUGCGAGUCGAAGGCGUGGGCAACGAGAAUCACGUGUCCGAUGAACGUGCGAUCAUCUCUCAUCGGAAGAAGCGUCACAAAUCGAAAGACAAGGACAAGAGGCAUAGAAAGUUCAGAAACUUUGUGGAGUCGCGGGGCUCGGACGGCAAAGACAGAAAUGUGUACUUGAAAGAAGAGACUGACGACUUCUACACUUCCGCGAGCUCUAGGGAACCGAAACUGUAUCCCCCCAUGAAACGCCUGAGACUGAUCUUUGGUAACGAGACGCAUACUAUUGAUAUCCCAUCUACUGCCACAUCUAAAUCCAGCACAAAAUUUGCGUAGUAGUACUUUUUAGCUAGGUGAUACGUUGCAAAUUAUAACUAGAGCACAUUGAAGAAAUGAUAAUGGUUAAUACUUGUCUGUUCUACAGUUUUGUGAGAAAUUAUGUACAUGGUUUAUUUUUGUGUAAGUUUGUUAUGCUAUUAGUGUGUGUUAUUUAUUUUGAAUUGUAAAUUUUUAUUUUUUUAUAUGCUUGAAAAUGGACUAUUUAAGUUAACACAUAUUGUAUCUACUUAAAUUAUGGUGACAUUUUUCUUGUAUUUUUUAUUGACUGUUAUGCCAGUAACAAUUUUGUUGCAAAAACAUUUUGAUAACUAAUUGAUGAUUAUUAAAAAAAAAGUUAGGAAAAAAUUAUUAUGAAUUUGGAAAUGGGAGAAGAAAUGAAUCCUGAAAUAAAAAUUAUGUACAAGCUUGGAUGGCGUAGUUGAUACAUUCGAGGUGUUGUCAAGAGAGCACAUUAAAGUUUGGAGAAGUAAACUUUUUGCAGUAAAUAUCAUGUUUACAUGGUCUUUGAAUUUUAUUAAAACACUUGAGAUUAGUUAAUUUUUAAACGUGACAAAUAUUUUUGCCCAUCUUCCCUUCCACUUUAACUUUUUCUGUGUGUUGAAUUUUUUUUCAAUCAUAAAAAAUAUAUAAUUCAGUGUAUAGUUGGUGGAGUGUUGUAAUUGAGAUUUCUACGAGUUUUCUUAAAAUCUGCUUCCACCUAGUUGUGUAGCCUUCUGCAUUAUUUCAAAGUUAAUGUUGAAGGGGACUUUAAGGCUUGCUGCCAUGUGAUGGUCACUUUCAGUUGCGUAACUUGUAGCAACAUAUAGUAUUACAAUGAUAUUUGUUGAAAAAUUAUCUUUUAAAAAAAGCCAUUUGCAGUGACUCAGAUCAUCCUCUGUGCUCGCUGUACACGAAAUAUCCGACAAGCAAAAUAUACUACACUUCUCUCACACCAGCACAGUAGGGAUGCCAUAACAAACAUUAUACUUGGGCCUCUUAAGUGCCACUGCGGGUAAAUAUAUUAAAAUAUAUUUCUGUGUUAUAGGUGGGGGUAAUUUCCUCCAUUUAAUAAUCCUUUAAUUUGUGUAGAUACGUGAGCUUUAAAUUAUUAAUUCUCUUUUCUGUUGACAUUAAUGAAUAUAAACUGGUGAUUUGAAACAUUUUUAUGGACAUACCCCAUUGCUGGUUUUCAUUGUGUUCGUCUGACUAAUUCCUUUCACGACAUUCUCUAUGCUGUGUAUGCAUUCACACAUUUGACAUCGGCUGAUUUUAGCUUCUUUUUUUUUUUGUGUGUGUAUUCAUCUUGUCUAUUUGUGGUUUUUCUAUGUCAUAUAGUAAAAACUAGCAAUGGUGUGUGUACACAAGAAUGUUAAAGCAAUCUUCACCAUUGCAAGAGUCAUUCAAAGGACGUACAGUAUAAACUUUGGUAACAGCAUUUGCACGUGUUUUUAAGAGAUUGGUUUGUGUUGCUCUAUGGUUUCCUUCCCCCUGUUUAUCAUUUUUAAUUUUUUCCUGUUACUGGCCUGACAGUUGCUACUUUUGCAUAUUUGUUUUAUAUUUUUGUGAACUUAUGUACGUUCCUUCAUGUUAUUGUGGACUAAAUGUCAGAUAUGUUUUUCAAUCUGUGCACACAUGUUGUUCUUUAAUUAAAACAUUCUUGGUGUGCUCGACAAAACUUGUGAAUAGUUGUUAAACUGCUGUUCAUAAACUUUUAAUAAUGUAUGCUGUUAUGGCCUUUUAAGGAAUUAAUAUUUUUGUGUUCUAAUUACUGUACAUCCUUUUUUUUUGUAGUAUGUACUUAUAUCGUGCCUGGCGUAAAGAUUAAAUGGUUAACAUAGUUGUAUACUAUACAUAUUUAUGUACCGCAUGUAUUCUCUACUAUGCAGCCUGCUUUACUGACCCUUAUGUGUAGGCAGAGCUGCCAUUUAAUAUAAUACCAGUAUUUUUUUUUAACUCAAAACUUACUGCAUGUUUUAUAGAAUUGAAAGAGAAAUUACGUAAAAUUUUUUUUGCAAUAACCAUUAAAAUAAUAUUAAUAGUAGUGAAAACAUCAGACAAGCCUAAAUCACAGAGGAGAUAAGAACCAGAGGCGAAAUCAGCUGUGCACACCCGAACUCGCCGUGUUGACACAUCGUAGGCUAGCCGCCAUUUUUGUGGCAAGUAUAAUUCUGGCGUUGGUAUAGCGUUUUAAACUUUGGGAUGCUGCAGAGAUCAGUUUUAUGAAAAUGAAUGAGUUUCGUAAACGUUUUGGAGCCACUUGGUGCUCGGCACCAAACUGUUCAAACAACAGUGGUCAACCUGAAAAAAGAAGCUUCUUCAGAUUUCCUAUAGAUGAAAUACUGUAAGUAAAAAUAACGUGUCAACCUAGUACCUAUAAGUUCUGCAAUGUUGAUUCCACAACUUGCAAAAUGUGGCUGUUACUUUCCUUCUUCUAUUUGUUAUAUUAAUUAUCAGUAAUAUUUUAGAGUGUAAUGUGGGUUUGUUAACUUAUUCAGUAAACAAAUAUAGGAAUUAUCGCGAUUAAAAUUGGCGUAGCGUGUUAAAAUAAAAUAGCUGCUUAUAGACCUAUAAGUGUUCGAGUAAAACCAUCAGAGUGCUUUAAAACACAAGUGAUGGACUAAAAUUUUCAUUUAUAUGUACUUUUUUCAUAUGGGUACAUAUAGUGUUGAGUAAUGAUUUCAUAACAUUGAAACAUAAUCAGUUGUUACCUAACCUAAGGUAAACCUAACCAAACAUAAUUGUAACCUAAUAAACCUUAUCCCAAUGUAAUCUAACCUUAUCAUACUUAACAAAUGAGGGUAAAUGUUCCGUAUUGCGUAUCCAGGUGUAUCCAGAUAUACCUUUGAUCCUGAUGGCAUGAUCCUGUACAACUGAACCUUUGGUACAUGAUGCUUUUUUUUAGCAGUGGGGAUGAGCGUAGCGCCGACGUAUUUUACAGCGCGAAAGCUGAUAUAAAAAAUAAAUUAUUUGUAAGAUAAAUUACAUCAGGUUUCGCGCUACGCCUCAGCAUUACGUGUCUCUCCCACUGCUAAAAAAAAAAAAAAAAAAAAAAAAGCAUCAUGUUCCACAGGGUCAGCUGUACAAGACCGUGCCAUCAGAAUUGUACCAUCAGGACCACAGGGUUAACUUGGAUACGCAAUACGGAACUUUCACCCAAAUGAGAUUAAGUUAGUUCUUUAGUAAAAACAGGAAUUUUUUUUUCAGGACUUUUGCAUGAGAAGUUAUUCCUGAUAUUUACUAUAUAAUUUGAAUUUAUUGCAACAGGUUGACUACCUACUGUCCUAGAACUAUGCCUAUUACUUUCCAUGCUUUACGCACUUAGAUAAGUACCAAAAGAAAGGAAUGAUUAGUGUGUACAUCAUUUGUGUUUUUAUAUAUAUAUAUAUAUUUCUGGAGGAUCAAAUGCAACAAAUUUGAUAUAGGUCUUCCCACUAUGUUUUCUUGUAUGCAGAUAUAGUCAUGGAUUGUGUGCUGUAUAACCUCUGAUUUCACGCAAAUAAAAUAUUUCGUAAGUUGCCUAUGCAAACACGCCGUCACACACGGACAAAUAGGCUCGUCACUUAACUAAACACGCUCUAACACAACAAAAAAUCACCGUCUCAUAAUACUUCACCACUAGCCAAUCUACGCAUGAAUCGUAACUGAAUGCAUUCGUUACGUAUGGUCCACGCAUUAAAACUUAAUGGCAAAUUGAAUAUAAUUAUGUGUCGAGUAGAAAUUUUACGGAAUAAUGAUCCAUACUUCAGGAAAACGUAGCAUUCAACAUGUGUUUAUGAGCAGCGCACACGCCACAAACAUGGCGGCCAACUUUUCGACUGUGUGCUGUCGAGUGCGCCUCUAUUUCGUCUCUGGUUCACUUAUAUACUCUGUGCCUAAAUCAUGUAUCAUUUGUAUCUUUUUUUUUUUUUUUUUUACUUGAAACAUGGAAUAAUCUUGUAGAUAAGUAAACAGCAUAUUAUUACUAGACACCUGUAUGCAGUAAAAUUCUUUAUUGAAGUUCAUUUCAUUUUUUAAAUUGUAGACCAUGUAAUUUACCACUUGAUUUUGAGAAAAGACUAGCCAGAAUAUUUUACUUCAAAAAAAAAAACAGACUUGGCACUGCUUAGCAAAAUGUAGUGUCAAGUUCUACAUUGAAUAACAAUGCUCAAGUGUCACAUGUACACUUUUUCUCAGCAAUGAUUUCCAUUACUGAUCACAUUGUUCAAUAGUGUUGGCUUAAAAUUAGCUAACAUGGAACACCCCACAGCAUGUGAGAAAUUAUUAUAAUGAUAUCAGUCUGUCUUGUAUGCCUUUUUCUCCCGAAGUUGUUAAUUUAAGGAUAAAGUUAUGUAAUAUUUUAUACAUAUCGUUAAUUUACCAUGCUUAUCUGUAAUAAUCCACUUUUUUCCCGAUAAACCUUACUUCUCAAAUGAUUCAUUGUAAUUUAUUGCAAGACAUUUUUCUUUAAAUUCCGCCCACUGCAGACAAGUGAAUCAACAUAUAUUCGGCGAUCUUUUAUCUGGAAUUCUUUCAUUUGGUACAUUUGGUAAUCUGACACCAAUUGAGCUGCUCGUGUCAAGGUUUUUUUUUUUUUUUUUUGUAGGUUCUGAACGCAACAUGAUUUAUUGGUAAAUGUGUGUAAUUGCGGAUUUUCCUUUAAUAAAAUAACAACAUUUAGAUAGUGGUACUUUUCAACAUUACAGAUCUUUCUCUAUUCACCCUAAAAACAGCAUUUGAAAAUUCUUGCUGGAUUCCGAGAAACUCACAUUUAUAGGCAAAGUGGUGUAUUGACGUCAGUUUAAAGUUCCCGCUACAUUUAACUAUGUGUGUUUUUGUACUGCGUUCGCUAAGUGUGAAUUUGUGUUAAUAAGGAAAUAGUCCCGUGAAUAAUUUGUUUUGGUACUACUUGUGGCAAGCAUGGUUUUAUAUUAAGGAAAAUAGUCCUUUAUAAUCCAACACAUGUUUUUGUGAUUGCAAGUAUAAAGACAAAUAAAUGAAGGGAGACUGGUGCAGUAACACGAAUUCCAUCUGUGCUUGCUAUAGUGACGUUAAAUUAUAUUGUGAUAUAAUAGCGCAGCCAAGACUGUUUUCCACGAGAGUGAUUUUCCUGAUUGUUGUCACCACCCUGCUGUUUCUUUUACGCUAUCUGCAACCUGAUCCUGUGGUUCUCCGGAUAUCCUUAUGAAUAUAACAAGGCCGGGUCUUUUUCCAAAAAGACUGAGUUUUUAUGUCGGUGUGUUACGACCGCUGCCAAGACUAUUUUCCACCCUAGUGAGUUUUCCAAUUCAAGUGAAAAUCAAAGAAUAUUUAACAAUAUUCACUUUCAGAAAUUUAUUAUUUUAUUUACGGAAAAGUCGCUCAUCUAGAAAUUCGCCAACUUUUUUAACAGACACAUUUGGGUAUUUUUUCCUUGCCAUAGCAGCUCAUUACAACUUGUUUUAGAUUUGAGAGCUUUAUAUUGAAAUUGAAAAAAAGAAUUCUUCACCCGAUAUUUUAAAAAAUUUCAAUGAACUUGUUUCAAUUUUUACAUGUCUAUUUUUUUUAUAUAUAUCAUUACAAUUUUCUAAAUUUCAUAUUAUUAAUGGAAAUGUGGCAUUUUGAGAAACAGGUGUCUACAUCUGUUCAAAGUAUGUGUGGAAAAUUGGGUUAAAUAUCCAUCUCACUCAGACUGUUGUAAAUUAUGGAAGUUAAUUUAUUUGUGUGGUACAUGAAUAUGUACAGUGAGGUAUGUGGCUAAGGUUCAUAGUUUGUCAUGGAAUGACCUUUAUUUCAGAUUUAGGCACCGUGAAAGCUUAGUUUUUGUUUGGUAAGAUUGAUUGGAAAGUUUUCAAAAUUUGAGUUUGGCUAAUGCUGUUUCGGAAAUUGAAAUCUGCAUUACUUGGUGAUGCAAUUAAUAGUAAAAAAUGGCCAAACACUUAAGCCUGAAAUAAAACUUAUGCCAAGUUAACUGGAGAUUCCAAAAUGCGGAAUAACUCUUCCCCGUAAUGUUUUUGAAACAAACCUUUAAAGUAGUUUAUGUAAAUAUGCUUAUUAUUUGGAAAUUUUUUUUGUACCUUCAUAAAGUUUUCUUUCACAUCCUUUUCCCAAAAGUCCAUCUUUAUGAUAUUUGUUGUAUUUUCUAUAUAUAUAUUUAUAGGUAUAUGGCUAAAUGUAGUUUGCAUCGUUGAAAUUUUUUGUACUUUUUGAAUGUGCAUUAUAUUGAAACUCAGUACAUAUGUUGCUUCAAGCAAUGGCUGCAGUGCAAUUGAGAUACGUAUUUAUUCAGGGACUUUAAACUGGUGUGCCUAUAGUUGAUGGAAUGGUAGAAACCUUAUAUUGGUAAAAUUUAUGCUGUCCGCAAUUAAGUUAAAAUUUUGUUUAGAAUAAUGCCUAAAAUUUACUUCCUGACAUUAGUUGCUGUUAAAUAAUUUUUAUGUGUGUGUAAUGUAAAGUUGUAAAAACAUAUAAGUUAAAUAAAAUUAUUUAUUGAUUACAUUCUUUUGCAGGUCAGGUGAUAAAAUUUUAGAAUGUUGCUGAAAUGUUAUCAGGUGAAAGUUAUUGGAUGAAAAAAGCUCUUUUCUUCUUCCUUUUUUUAAAAUUGCAAUUUAAGAUAUGUAUGUUAUAAUUUUUAUCAUAUUCAACAAUAUAUUGAAUUUUUUUAAUAGAAAAAAGGCAAAUAAUUUUGUGUAAUAUUUCACCUGGGAAAUUCUACUUCACUUGAAACAUUUGCAUUUGUCUCAUUACCAAAUGUUAAAAGUUUUUAUUUGUAUGGCAAGAGCAUAUUACUACUUGGUUGUCAGUAAUUUUGUAUCUGAUAAAAUUGAUUUUGAUAUUGUGUAAUUAAUCUCCAGAAUGUGCUUUGCUAGCGAAUUUUAUGUGGUGAAUGCAACAUAUGCAUUUAGUCUUUUGUUUUUCUAAAUGGUUUAUGCAUAUCAUGCAUAUUAAUGUAAUGUAAAAAUAUUUUACAAUUUUUUUUUUUUUUUUUACUUUUUAUAGGCUGUUUAGUAAUUUGGGUAUGCUUGGUUAGAUUGGUAUGCAGUUAGGAUUAUUUUGAAAUUUUUAUAUUAUUCCUUUACUCAUCAAAAUAUGAAAAAUGUUGUGCAAUAUUACAUAUACAAAAGUUGGUUAUUCAGUUGGUGUAUAAUAUUCCAUUCCAGGUUUAAACCUUGUGGAACACAUUUCAGUAAUGAAAUGAUAAGUUAUGUCAGUAAACCUUAUUAAAAUUGUUUCUAUUUUGACUGUCAUUGUCUUAGAAUGCACAGUACAGUGACAUUCCAAUUAACUUUUUGUCUUUCUCUGAAAUUAGUACUUUAAUUGAACAUUUGUUGCCAGUACUAGUACUUGAUAUAAACGAGUUUGGGGUUUGUUCAUCUGUGUAAUUAAUUUUACAGAUGAUUCCCAUAAAAUCUAGGUUUCUCUAUGUUCAUGUAUUAAAACAAUUUUUUCUUAUGUUUGUUUAAAGGUAGCUGCAAUUGUUUAUUGCUGUGAAUUGUAGGAAACUAAUAUAAUAUUUUUACUUCUUGGACAUGGGAAUGGUCUUUUAACUUUCCACCUGACUGGCAAUAAAUAAAAUAAAUCUGCAGAUGAUUGUACCAUUACACAUGUGAGAUACGGAGGUUAUUGCGUGUAGAUGUGCUUGAUUCCCUUAAAAUAAUAUUGUGACUUUUUCUAGAUCGUUUUGCGAUUUCUAUAUUAAUUAAUACUCAGACCUAUAAGAAGACAUAUUUAUUGUUAUAAUCAUUGUUUCUCAUACUUUUUUUUACAAGUGUGCACUAACUCUUUUAUGUACGAGGGAUGUUCCGAAAAUAAGUUUUAUAGUUUUUUUUACUGAAAAGCUUUAUUACAAGUAGAAAAAUUCAAUUUCUUGGCAAAAAACAAUUGCUUGUCUAAUUUUUCUACGUGGUUGCCUGUGACGUGGGUACUUUGGUUGUACCGUGAACUAAAUUUCAAGGAACGCUCCUGAUUAAAAUUAUUUCCAGAAUAUUUCAGAAAGUUCUUCCCAGCCGGUCGCAUCGCUUCUUACGGAAACACUAGUCUUACGUGCUCUUUCAUAGCACUCGACGGCACACACUUCCAUUCAGGACCAUGUUUCCAGCACGCGUCUUUCUGCCAUGUUGGCUGGCACUCGACUGAGCUGGGGCACUGUGUUCUGCAGCUUGUACCCAUUCUUCAGCACACUUUGUACGCGCCGUUUCUCCUCUGCUCUCGCUCUUCCCGUCGUGAGUUCAGGGAAGAUGGUCAUUUUUUAUGACGAUGGGUUUUCUCACUGGUGUGGUACAGCUUCUCUGUUAAAAUAAAAAUUACAAACUUAUUUUCAGAACGUCCCUCGUAGUUACGACGGGCAAAGAAUCUUUAUGCCUUAUUAUGACGGCGAGCAAGAUGUCACAGUCGGAUUAUUGAACAUCUGCCUGUUUCAUUGUGUUUUGAUGUUGGAAAACUUGAUUCUUUAAAUUUUAAUUCAACUGUGAGUUGGUGCAUACAUACAUACAUACAUACAUACACACACACACAUGCACGCACGCACGUGUAUGUAUAUAUGUAUGUAUCUUGCAUGUAGUUUGCAAAUAUGUAUUUGAGAAUUCAUGUCUAGAAGCAGCCUUGUGAACAUAUUUUAUAACUUAACCUAUCUUUUUUUUUUUUUUUUUUUUUUAGCUAUUCUUUACGCGUAUGAAUAUUCAGGAUUCUUGGCAUGCCUAUGUAAUCCAGUUCCCCCAUAUUCAGGAAUGUGUGACUAUUUUUAAUUUAAGUUUACACGUUACCUAUUAAUCAUUCAGUGCUUCAAGAUUUUCAAAAACUAUCUACUUAAAAGUGACUACACCAAGCCCCAGUCAGGUGGUGUAAAGCUUUACCUAUGGUCGAGCCAGAUAUAUAAUAUAUAAUUGUAGUCAAAACUAAAUAUCUUUCCAAAUUUUAACAUUGUAAUUUUUGGCGUAUGAGAAGACACACAACGUGUAAGACAAGGUGAACUGUCAGGAUUGAAAAGUGAAUAUUAAAUUCUACCUACAUAUAAGAUACAAGGCAACUUGGUCUUUGGUGUCAAAGUAGCACAACCUUGGUUUUGUCUACAUGCAGUCUAAAACUAUUCUGCGAGGUAUUUUAAGAAGAAAUUAUGUGAGUAGGGAAGCUAUAAAAAAAGACUGCUUUGGUUUUGCUAACUAUGAAAUAAUAAUCGGAAGUCAAGACAGCAGUGAUGAACAGGAGGAACUUGUUGAUGAGCAUCUUUAUAUUAAAAAGAAAAUGGGAGAUCAGUUUUAACUACAUUAUUUUUAAAUUUUUGCAGCUUAGGAAAAAAAAAUACCACAAAGUAAAACAACAUAUGCGAACCACAGUCAAGUCUUUCUAGUAAUAUUUCUUCCCAGUAUUAUUUCUUUUACUUCUACGAAUUCUGACUCUUGAGUUACAGCAGUCCUAAGUAUUGCUAGUUGUGCAAAUUCUAUGGAAAAAUAAUGUAAGUACCAACUUAUAUGCUGGAAAAAUCUGUAUGCUGUUUAGUUUCCCAUUGCAUUUGUUUUAUCAAGCCUGGAAGAAGUUUAGUCGCAGAUAUUUCAAGAGAGCCAAUCAAGUGGCUUUCUAAUUCAAUUCGUUGAAGUUUUAAUUCCAAAUUCAUUACACACUACAUAAAUUACAGUUUGUAAAUUUGUAGUUUUCAGGUACUUGCUUACCAUUUUGUUUUGAUUUUUUUAAAAGCUACUUUUGUAACUCAUAUCCAUGGAUUGUGUUAGCAGUUUUAUUUUAAUAGCCACUGUCCUGUAGAAUGUUUUUUCACCCUUGCAAACAUAUCCAUGAGGUCACUGUUGGAAAUGCUCACGUGUGGUAUAAGCACAAACUAAAUUAUGUGCAGCAUUGAAUAAAUCAGUAUCUUCCGUUGCAGAAGUGGGGUAGUGAAAUUUCACAGCACUUCAAGAGAAACCAGACUGUUUUAAUUGUAAAGAACAAUUAAGAAUGUUGAAUCCUUAAAAAUUAUGUUUUUUUUUUUUUUUUUUUUUUUUUUUUUUAAGUGAUUGUAAAUGGAAAACCUAUUUUGCAGUGAGCAAAUUGCAGAUAGUUUUUUUAUUGAUGUUCUUGUCUCUUAUUUUGUAGAUGUGCUUGUGUUGACUGUUUUGAUUGUACAGUGUAUAAAAUUUUAUUUUGGUGUGAAUGAAAUUGUUAAAAAUAUUGACAAUUAUAUGAGGCCUGUAAUCUUAUGCCAUACAUUGUUUGUAUUGUUGAUGCACUCUUUGUGUAUAGUUUCAAAUUUUAAUUUAUGCAACAUGAAAAAAACUGUGUUAGUAGUGUGUAUUUUCUUGCAUGUGUGAAUAUUUUUUGUCUGUUUUGUGGUUGACAGUUGUUAUUGUUUUAUAGUUUCCUGUCAUUUUGUGUUUUUGCUUUCUCAGUAUUAAUUUUUUUUUGUAAUUCCUAUAUCUACUAUGGAUAUUUAAUGUGUUCUAUUGCUGGGAUGUUCCACAAGUAAUAUCACAAGUUAAAUAACUCUUUUGUUCUUAGUAUCUCUGAUUUUGUUUUGUGAAGUUUACUUUUUAAUGUGGUGUAAUGCUUCUGAUGUAAACGUAUUUAAUUCUUUCAGACUAUGCAGUAGUUUACCAAAUGAGAAGUAGUUUGUAAAAAAAAAACGAAUCUGCCAGAAUUUACGGUUAUACCAAUGGACAGGAAUUUUUUGUGAUAAAGUUUGACUGCUCAUUAGACUGCAAUAAUGCAAUAAGGUAUACCUGCUCUAGUGUUUUCUUCCUUGUUAUUGGUGGCCGUCUGCAAGAGAAACCAUUCCCUUGUUUGGCUGGGCCAUUCAGGAUGCUUUGGCGUCUACACGGAACGGCUGUGAUUCAUGUGCUGAUAGUAGACAUGUACCUGAAAUAAAAUCUACCAAUCACAAAACACAGUUGAUGCUGCAGUUUUGAAUACACAGCUUGUCUCAAAAAAUUUUCGAAAGUAUAUGUUCUUAAUUAUACACUAUCUAAAUAGGUAUUGUCACGAAUGUAUAAAUUAUCCUUUUAAAUACAGUUCCCAGGUUAUAUUUAUGAUUAUUAGUUUGGUUUACUUAGAAGAGUCUUUUUAUAAAGUUUUAAAAAAUGUAUAGUAAAUGAUUUGUCUCCAUAGUAUCUACAGCUAUGCAUCAAGCUGUCAAUGGCAAUUUGUAGUUUGAAGGAUAGUGCAAUUGAAACUUUUAUAAUCCAAAGUUUGUCAUUGCAUUUGACACUUGUGUAUUUGUUUGAUAUCUGGCAAUGUCCAGGAUUUGAUGGUUUGAGAAAUCUUUGGGUUUUGCAACUUGGUCUGUAGCUUUGGACAUUUGUCAGUAUAACAGACAAGAACUUUUUAGAAGCUCCCUUGAAGUUACGAACUCUUUCCUCUGGUGGUUAGGCAAUGUCACCUUUAAUUAUCAUCAGACUUUAACCAUGCAGUAAAGCUUAGGAGGCUGUGAAUAUUAUUCUUGCAGCAUUGCACCACCAAUUGUGAUUAAAACUUAAAAAUAUUAAUUAAAUAAAAUUUAAAAUCCAACGGGAGGAAUUAGUGCAUGAUAUACCUUUAUUCUUUGUGUUUGGCUAAACACUGUUUCUGUACUUACAGCUCCUAACAAUCACAUCACCCGAUUUAAUGCUUGAAAAAAUAGACCUGGUUUCUACAGUUAUUUGAUUCGUCAUUAGAACAGACUUGAUUUCUGAAAGCUGGCAUGUUUAUUCUGGUGUGAUGGCAAGUGUCACUAAGCAUUUUCAUGAAUAAGAGAAAAGGUAGGUUAAUCUGUGCAUAAUUUCACGUGUCUCUUACUCAGAUUGGGCAAUUUUUGUAACUAGCUUUUAACAGGUGUUUCAUCCCAUGUCAACCAGCUCUCUUAACAUCUCUUAAAGUCUUGUUGCUUAGGUACUUAAGGUAUUAGUGCUGCAGUGCUGCCAACUAUUACAGUGUGUCCAUCAUAGUUAUUUAUUUAUAUGUCCAGUAAUGGAAAAACUUGAUUGGCCUGAAAUAUCAGGUGUAUCAACUUUUUUAUGAUAAAUCUCGCGCAUAUAUAUUUUGGCUGUAUUUAUAUGGCACAAUAAUUUUGGUUAAAUUCAUUGUAGCGUAUGUGUGCUUUAAAAACAUUUUUACCUCCGAGAAGAUUCAAGUUCAAGAAGUGAAUUAUUACGUUAGUUUUAUUAAUGAUUAGCUGUUUUUAGAUUUGUAUAAUUAAUAAUUAGCUCAUUUCUGUACAAGCAUGUUAAUAGUUUUGUAGAGUCCAGUAUUUGGCGUGAACGUGAUUGUGUGACAUGGUCGACAGUUGGUGUGUAGAUUCUCGUAAUGAUAGGGGGAAUUCACGUGAUGUGUAGAUGAACCAAAUGGGUAAUGUUGCCACCAGUCAGUUAAGUUUAGAGAGGAAGUUACACCCCUGGGACCACACACACUGAUGGAGAUGGAAAAUGUGUGUGAGCCAGAUGAUCAGACUUUCUCUUCGAGAUGAUUGAAUUCCUGGUGUGUGCAACUUUUUUUUUUCUUUCCAGUAAACACUGAAGCAGACUUGAACUUUGACUAAUUGUUGCGUUGACGUGGCAUAGUUAUGUCCUAGCAUGAGGGUCCAGGGACCACCAAGGUUGCUGGUGCUGCCCUCAUGUAAUCACCACAAUAUUUCCUAAGGAACAUAAGUUUUAAAGACAGAACAUUCUGGUUGUUAAUGUCUCUAUCGCUGACGAGUAUUGGCUGAUCCAUUUACUAUAGAUAGAUGUUUUCUUGCCACAGUGGCAACAAACUCAAUAACUUGCUACUGUGGGAUUGCUGUUCAUUUCAUGGUUAUUCUUAAAUAAGAGGUAGUGUUUCAAAUGCUGAUUUAUUCACGACUAGAUUAUCCAUCACUUCUUCUGUAUGGUAGUUCCACAACAUUAACUACGAGUACAAUUAUCGUUUUCAUCUUAACCUGUAAAUUGACAACAGUCGUCCCUUUACGGCAACAGAUAAUUGAGCCCUUCAGUUAAUCAAAACUUCAAACCUGAAUGAAAGCAAUAAUAAGCCCCCCUGAGGAUUAUCAGAACCAUAUGUCCAAUCUUCAUGCUUCUCCUGCUUGGGGGAUAUUCUUUAACAAACUGCACGCGGGGCAGGGAACACAGGAAUGGGUUCAGGACACCUAAACAUAAUCGUUAACGUCCUUAUGCCAGUGUUAUCGAAUUGAGAGACUCGCAAAAUACAUUAGUGUUGGUUGCCGGUUACGUAGAGUAAGGAUGAAACACACUCACUGUCAGACGGACAGCGGCCAAAAGGACUCUACUGCAUGAGAAGCCGGAAUCUCCCCCGGAACCGUGGGGCUCUUCUGUUUAUAUAGCGGUCAGCGGGGAGGCUAUGUGUGUGUGGCUGGAGGAGUGCUGAGCCCCCACUCCUUCGAUUUCUAACUAGAAAGCUGAGAGCUCGCUUCUGCCUCUCAGCUGAACGAAAAGCAACGUCCAUAGUGGACGCUAAAACUGGGUCAAUAAAUCACGUGAUACAGUGGUCUAAAUGUAUUUGAGAGCACGGAUCUGCAUUUCUUCUCGAGUUCCUUGCCACUUACAAACUGUGGUUUCCAUACCUGCUUCUUGUAUUUAGAUUAAAUAUUUAUGGGUAAUUAAAUUAAACUAUAAAAUAAUUUAAUUACAAGGGGUCCGAUUUCUCACGAUUGUGUUUGCAUUAGGUGCAUUUCAUUGUAUGCAUAAAUUGUGCUAACUGAUGAGUGCCUGGAAGUGGGCAGCACUGGUGCGGUAAUGAACUGGUAGCAUUUGCUGUGAUUAUUUCUUCAUAAGAAUGUAAAUCUUAUUAGUUUUGUACAGCAGCCACUGUAGUAUUUGUAGUAAUUGGCAGCUAGCUUUACCCACAACUUCUUAGCAUGUUAUGUAGGAAUUGCAUUGAAAAGUUAUAGCGAGAUGCAUCCAGAAAAACAGAUGUGCAAUCCUGUGUGAGUAUAAAAGUGUCCUAAAAGUUGUGACAUACAUUAUUUUCAUGAUAAAUUACAUAAAAAUCCAUUGAAUAAUUUUUACUAGGUGCUGUGACAGAUAAGCAGACCAACAAACAAGAUUUUAAUUUUAUUAUUGCCAAAACUGCCACUAUUUUGAAAAUAUAUUCAAGUUUAUUGUAGUGUUUUAUUAUAUAGAAAUACUCUCGUGGUUCAGUUGUAUCAGUGUAAUAUAAUUUGUGAUAUUGAAGUAAGUGUGUGACUGUGAUAUUAUUUGUGGAAUAGUUCCCUUAUAUUUUUAUAACACUAUAAGGGUUAGCAUUUAGCCAUCAGCUUCCACUGCCUUGUUUACCAUGCUCUCUGGAACAGCUCCCUUGGUGACUUGAAGUUUGUUAUUUGAAUACACUGCUAGAAGUUGUAUCAUCUAAGAUGAAAGUAUGCGUGAUCCUGGUGUAAAUUUUCAGUGAUAUUUUGUAUUUGUGUCUGCCACUAAGGUAAUUAGUGAAGUUAAUAUUGUGUAAGCUGGUAAUUAUGUUUAUAUGUAAAAAUAUUUUUUUUUUAUUUAUAUGAUUGUGAAGGUUGGAUUCUAAUCUUUGUUUGUAAAUAUUUUUUUUAGGAUCUGCAUUUAGUGGUUUGUAUCAUAUGUUUUUGAAGAUAUUAAAAUUCUUUUUGGUGAAAAAAAAAA